GCUCAGUCCCGGGCGGGCGCCCGCGGAGGCGGCGGCGGCGGGGCCGGGCGGGCAUGCCGCGCCACCGGAGCUCCUUUCGGGCGCACGCUUCCCUGGCGCGGGCUGCGCGCGGCGGCUGCUGCCGCUCCCCCUGCUGCUGCGGACUCCCAUGGCGGCUCCGCCCGGCCGGGGCCGCCGCCGCUGCCGCCAGCCGCGGGCUGAAUGAAUGAGCCGGAGCGGCGCAGCCCGGCUGCCGGCGGCCGCGCUCACCGGCCCGGGACGCUUCCGCAUGGCCCGCGAGGAGCCGGCGCCCGCGGCGGUGGCGGCGGCCGGGCAGCCCGGGGGCGACCGGGGCGGCGAGCGCGCGCCGGCGCUGCAGGGGCCGGGGGUCGCCCGCAGGGGGCGGCCGUCGCUGAGCCGCGCUAAACUGCACGGGCUGCGGCACAUGUGCGCCGGGCGCGCGGCGGCGGGGGGCUCCUUCCAGCGGCGGGCGCUGUGGGUGCUGGCCUUCUGCACGUCGCUGGGCUUGCUGCUGUCCUGGUCCUCCAACCGCCUGCUCUACUGGCUCAGCUUCCCGUCGCACACGCGGGUGCACCGCGAGUGGAGCCGCCAGCUGCCCUUCCCCGCCGUCACCGUGUGUAACAACAACCCCCUGCGCUUCCCGCGCCUCUCCAAGGGGGACCUGUACUACGCAGGCCACUGGCUCGGGCUGCUGCUGCCCAACCGCACGGCGCGCCCGCUGGUCAGCGAGCUGCUGAGGGGCGACGAGCCGCGCCGCCAGUGGUUCCGCAAGCUGGCCGACUUCCGCCUCUUCCUGCCGCCGCGCCACUUCGAGGGAAUCAGCGCCGCCUUCAUGGACCGCCUGGGCCACCAGCUCGAGGACAUGCUGCUGUCCUGCAAGUACCGCGGCGAGCUCUGCGGCCCGCACAACUUCUCCUCCGUGUUUACAAAAUAUGGGAAGUGUUACAUGUUUAACUCAGGAGAGGAUGGCAAGCCUCUGCUCACCACAGUCAAGGGCGGGACAGGCAACGGGCUGGAGAUCAUGCUGGACAUUCAGCAAGAUGAGUACCUGCCCAUCUGGGGAGAGACAGAGGAAACGACAUUUGAAGCAGGAGUAAAAGUUCAGAUCCACAGUCAGUCUGAGCCGCCUUUCAUCCAAGAGCUGGGCUUUGGGGUGGCACCAGGGUUCCAGACUUUCGUGGCCACCCAGGAACAGAGGCUCACAUACCUUCCCCCGCCAUGGGGUGAGUGCCGAUCCUCAGAGAUGGGACUCGACUUCUUUCCUGUUUAUAGUAUCACCGCCUGUAGGAUUGACUGUGAGACCCGUUACAUUGUAGAGAACUGCAACUGCCGCAUGGUCCACAUGCCAGGGGAUGCACCUUUCUGUACCCCUGAGCAACACAAGGAGUGCGCAGAGCCUGCCCUAGGUCUGCUGGCAGAAAAGGACAGUAAUUACUGUCUCUGCAGGACGCCCUGCAACCUGACACGGUACAACAAAGAGCUCUCCAUGGUGAAGAUCCCCAGCAAGACGUCCGCCAAGUACCUGGAGAAGAAAUUUAACAAAUCAGAAAAAUAUAUCUCAGAGAACAUCCUUGUUCUGGAUAUAUUUUUUGAAGCUCUCAAUUAUGAGACAAUUGAACAGAAGAAGGCAUAUGAAGUUGCUGCCUUACUUGGUGAUAUUGGUGGUCAGAUGGGAUUGUUUAUUGGUGCUAGUAUCCUAACAAUACUAGAGCUCUUUGAUUAUAUUUAUGAGCUGAUCAAAGAGAAGCUAUUAGAUCUGCUGGGCAAAGAAGAGGAGGAAGGGAGCCCUGAGAACGUGAGCACUUGUGACACGAUGGCAAACCACUCUGAAACCAUCAGCCACACUGUGAAUGUGCCCCUGCAGACAGCCCUGGGGACCUUGGAGGAGAUUGCCUGCUGACAGCCCGUGGACCGCCCAGCUCCCCCCACACAGACCUUGAGGCCCAAGACCCUGGACAGGGGACAGCAGGCUCAGGUGGGACGGCCCCUGACCACAGAAAGAAGAGCCCCUGUGCACGCCUAGCAAACUACCGGCCAAAACCUCGCUGCGGCCACGGCUGAUGCAACACGUGAUCCAGCCCCGCCGCACGUCCCUCUUAGGAGAAAUGAGUCAUACUCUGGAACUGUCCGAGAACACUCUGCCAUCACAUUUCACUGCCAGAUGUAUAAAGCACCUGCAUGCUCAGACCUCUCAUGGCGCCACCUCCACCUCUGUCUCUGUACAUGACUCUCCUCCACGCGGUUCCCAGCAGCCACACUGCAGCCAUGCAGCGCGACCAGGGUCCAGACCCAAAGUCACCACGAGGCCACGCUGGAACCACAGCUGCACAAUCGAGGGAAACCGCAUAACUCUGACCACGUCCGUCCUCGUGUAGUUUGUGAAGGUUCUGAACCUGCCCAUAGCCCUCCUCCCCCCAGUGGCCUGCAGAGUGACCGGGGCCAGCCCCGCCCCAUCCCAGCGCCGGGGUCGGGGCACGGCUGCCUGGAUGUCUCCUCCGCGGUCUCCCUGUGACACAGCUUGUACAGUCUGAUUGUUUCGCUGGGGGACUUUUUCUGUUAGUCUGUCAGAUCUGUUUGGGUUUGGUUUUGUUUUCUGAAUUUUGGUUUUGAUAUUCUGAGGUUUGGUUUGGUUUUCCAUUCUCUCUGGCAUUUAUUUAUUUGUGCUUCCAAUCACAGUCCCAUUAAAAGCUGGUCUUGUGGAAAUGGCUGAGUAGU